CACGUAUUCAAAAUGAACAAAGACGAAGCUGAACGAUGCAUCGAUAUCGCAAGGAAGGCAAUCAACAAAAGUGACUAUCAUAAAGCCAUCAGGUUCCUUAACAAGAGUAAGAAGCUUCAUCCCACUCCUGAGGCAGACGGGCUAAUCCAGUUAUGCGAAAUGAACCUGAAGCAUAAGCCUGCCAGCGCUCCUUCAGGAUCCAUGUCUUCUGACGGCCCUUAUAAAAGAAAGGCACAGGACAAACCUGCUGAGGAAGAACCUAAGAAAAAGAAUUAUACUGCUGACGAAGUCAAGCUGUGUACCCAGAUUCUUCAGAAAACUAAUUAUUAUGAGAUCCUUGGGGUUGAGAAAAAGGCAACAGAAGCUGAGAUUAAGAAGAAGUAUAGAAAAUUAGCCCUAAGGCUCCAUCCUGAUAAGAAUAAUGCCCCUAAGGCAACUGAUGCCUUCAAGAAAGUCUCAACUGCAUAUAUGUGUCUUAGUGAUGCCAAGAAGAGGGAUAUCUACGACCAGCAUGGUACUGAAGAUAAUUUUAGGCAAAAUUAUGGUCAAUAUUUUAGAGAAGAGGAGGAAUUUGACCCAUUUGACUUUUUUGACAUCUUUACAGGAGGCAAUAUGUAUAAUCAACGUGUAAGAAGAAAUAAUUACCAAAGAAGACAGCAUGCACAGAACCAAGGAAACCAAAACCAGAAUCCUUUAGCACAGCUAGCUCCUCUAUUUUUCGUGUUUUUGCUAAUGAUUCUUGCGAACAUUGGUGGGAAUUUUGCGACAGGCUCAAGCUAUUCAUUCACUAUGACUUCAGAGUUCAACCAAAAAUUAAUAUCUGAAACUCACCAUGUAAAAUAUUACGUUGAUCAAGAUACUUACAACAGUCUGAUUCAGAACGAUAGAGAAAGAUAUAAUAUUGAGGGUACGAUUGAGCAAGAUUUCUACAAGCAAAACUUGAAAGAAUGACGAUAUAACAAAGAUGUCCAAAGCCAUUGGAUUCGUCAAGCGAGGUACUACACUCAAGGGAGCCAUAAGUACAAUCAAAAUAUAGAAAAAGCUAACCUGAUAGACCUCUCUUCCUGAGAAGUUGUACAAAAAAUGAAGGAAACUUCAGAAAGUAAUAGGUACUAUAACAGAAGAACAGGAUGGUAAUUUUCAUAAUAAAUUAUGUAAAAGUUCACUCAAAUUAGUCUUUAGUUGUUGUUUGGAGACUCAUAUGCUUCUUAAUUGCUUCAAGAUCAACUAUUUCUUGACCAUCAUUUCGUUGGGUAAUUUGUGCUCGUUGAGGUUUGUGAGAGAUCAUCUCCGUGCUCUGGGGUGACUGUGAAACAGAUAAAUCCUCACUAAACUUAUUGUCAUUUUCUUGGGCAUUUUGUUUUUCAUCUUCAUCGGAUUCAGUACUUCAGUCAUCUUCAUUCCUAACUGAGGAAUUUUGAAUUUGCUCUUGUAAUAAAUGCUGAUUAGGAGACUGAUCAGCUAAAAUCUCAUGUUCAGGUACUACCUGAGCUGAAAUUUGAAUGGAUUUAGAUGUAGUCUGGGAAUUUGUCAGCUUAACUUCUGAUCCUUCAUUACUAACUAUUAACUUCGAAGGAUCUUCAAUGAUUUCAACUGUAUUUGUAUCAUUCUUUGAUAUAGUCUGUCCCUCUUGAUCAUGCUUUGGUAGACCAGUAGUAUUUAUAACUUCUAUCUGCUGAGCUUGAGAUCCCUCAUGAGCAUUAUUUGAUGCCUUUUCAAGUACUUUCUGCUCUAUUUCACAUUGCUGUAUCUUCAUCUGGUCAUUAGCUCCACUCUCUCUGUGUUGGAUUAAAUUCUGAGACUCAGUGCCAAGACAUCCUAGGCCGGAUUCACUUAUGCUUGCUGAAUUCUUAGGCAAAGUUGGAGUGUCUGAAGUCUCUAAAUUUUCUCUGACUAUUUCAAGGUCUUUAUUAUUAUUUUCAGUUCUGGGUUUUAUUUCAAUCCUCUUGUCAAACUCU